ACUAGAAAUUAUUUUUUAUUCUAUAUACAUAAGUUUCCCAAUUUAAGUCAGACUAAUCCUAAUCGAGCUACAGUUUCCAUCCAAGAUUAACGGUCUUUUUGUUCUAUAUAAGUACUUGUUGUAGUAACCUAAUUAAUAACAAGUCAUGAGGUACAAUAUGGGUCGUUUAGUUAUUUGGGUUCUUGCGAUAUUCUGGAUCUCAAUCACUCGAAUUUCACUGGCCAUCAAUGACGACGAUGGCCAUGACUUAUUUUCCUUCAACAAAGAUUAUAACUUCGACUACAAAGAAGCACUUAGCAAAGCUAUACUAUUUUUCGAAGGACAACGUGCCGGAAAAUUGCCCCCUACUCAGCGUGUGACGUGGAGAGGCGACUCCGCCCUCGCCGACGGCAUCCCUGAAAAUGUAAGUUUGAGUGGAGGGUACUAUGAUGCUGGGGACAAUGUGAAGUUUGUAUGGCCAAUGUCGUUUUCCGUGACCUUGUUGAGUUGGGCUGCCGUGGAGUACCAGAAAGAGAUUAGUUCCGUGAACCAGAUGCUCCACCUCCGGCGAGCAAUCCGGUGGGGAACCAAUUUCAUAAUCCACGCCCAAGCUUCACCCACCACCCUCUACGCCCAGGUGGGUGAUGCGAAUGGUGAUCAUCGGUGCUGGGAGCGGCCGGAGGAUAUGGACACUCCGCGGACGUUGUACAAGAUUAGUCCCGAGUCUCCGGGGAGUGAGGUGGCGGCGGAGGCCGCCGCCGCGCUAGCCGCCGCAUCCAUUGUGUUCAAGGAAUAUGAUUCCAAGUACUCGGCUAGGCUAUUGCGACGAUCAAAAUUACUAUUUGAGUUUGCCGACAAGUAUAGAGGAUCUUUCCAGGGUUCUUGCCCUUUCUAUUGUUCUUACUCAGGUUAUCAGGAUGAACUACUAUGGGCAGCUGCAUGGGUUUACAAGGCGAGUGGAGAAACGGAGUACCUCAACUACGUUUCCAGCAAUGAGGGAUGGAGUCACACUGUGUCAGAGUUCAGUUGGGACAACAAGUUUGCUGGAGCUCAGGCCUUGCUAGCUAAUGAGUAUUUCAAAGGGAAUGGAAAUUUGGAGAAGUUUAAGAAGGAGGCGGAGUCGUUUGUUUGUGCUUUGAUGCCGGGGAGUAGUUCUGUACAAGUCAAAACAACCCCAGGUGGUCUUCUUUAUACGAGAGAUAGCAGCAAUAUGCAAUAUGUUACUAGUGCCUCUAUGAUACUCCUUGUGUAUUCCAGGUUCCUUGAUGCAGCUAAUGUUGGGGGUGUUAAUUGUGGUUCUCUCACUUUCUCACCCUCUCAAAUCAAAGCAUUCGCAAAGUCUCAGGUAGACUACAUACUAGGAAAUAAUCCGAUGAAGAUGUCAUACAUGGUAGGUUACGGGACAAAAUACCCAGACCAGGUUCACCAUAGAGGGGCAUCAAUUCCCUCCAUCCAUACACAUCCAUCCAAGGUGAGCUGCGAUGAGGGAUUGAACUCGUGGUUCUACUCCGGCAACCCGAACCCGAAUACCCACACCGGAGCAAUCGUGGGUGGACCCAACUCCGGCGACCAGUUCAUCGACUCCCGCUCUGACUACUCACACUUGGAACCCGCAACAUACAUUAACGCAGCCUUUGUGGGAUCGGUGGCUGCUCUUCAAGCCCACUCUUCCAAAGAUGACCAUUUGCAAUUCAUAUAUGCAAGUAUGUAGUUACCAUUAUAUUGUGUCCUAGAAAAUUACACUAUAUGUGGUGGACCUGUUGGCAGCAAUAUAAUGCCUCAAUAUUGAUCCGAACAUAUAGAUAUAUACACUAAUCUUUUAUUACUCGAAA